AUGUUUACAAUUACAGGACUUGAAGAAGAAGAAACAAAAUUGAUAACGUGGUCGUCGAAGAGCACGAAACUUCUUAUUUCCUUGCGAAGGGAAAAUGACGGCUUGUUUUCUAAAGGAAAAGUAAGAAAAAACGUCGCCUAGAAGCGAAUAGCAGAUCAGUUCAAUUCGACUUCCACCGUGAAAGUUACUGGCGAGCAAUGCUCGAAUAAGUGGAAGAAGCUAGAAGAGAAAUACAAGAAAGUCUCGGAGCACAACAGUCGUACGGGAAAUGAUAGGAAGGAAUGUGAAUUUCAGGAUGAAAUGACAGAGUUUUUCGGAUCUAACCCAAAGAUUGUACCAGCAGCCACCGUUUCCUCUAUGGCCAUGGAAGCAGGGACAGCAGAUCAUUCCGACGAUGAGGACGAGGAACUUCCUCGCAAGACGCCACCAAAAAAGAAAAAGCGAAGGUCGUCAAAAUCAUCCGCUUCGGAGAUGAUCGAGUUUCUGAAGGAAUUUAAAGAUGAUAAACGGAAAGAGGAGCUGGAAAAAAUGUCACUAUCUCAAAAAAUGCACGAAGAGAAAAUGUCUAUAAUGAAUCGAUUCCUAGACAUUUUGUCAAAAAAGGAAGGUUGA